GUAAAAUUAACCCAAAAACAAAUUUCCUUGUUCCUUCUUAUUUGUCAAUUGGCUUAUCGGUUAAUUCCUUGAAAUUCUGAGAGCUGGUCUCAAAUUCCCCAACUGAAGGAUGCAAUUGCAGUUGCAGCAGCUUCAUGGAUGCCGAAUUUCGAAACCUCAUAGUCUAUGCAAGCAAAUGCCUAUGACUUCCAUUUCUCUUCUAUCCAGCUUCACUCUAACCUCAUUCAGUUUGCCCUCUCCAUUGUUCCAUCCCUUCUCAUCGUCUCAUUCCCUUCCCCGAUUCAGCGAUGUUCUUCGUCUCCGUACGCGUUCCGUUUGUGCGAAACCCAUCGCGAUGUGCAAAAUGAACGACGCAGAUUUGAUAUCACAGUUGGAGCUGGGAAAACCAUUGCAGAAUCGGAAACCGGAGAGGCGUGUGAAUGGUAUAUUCUGGAUUAUUCUUCUCAACAUUGGAAUAUAUGUGGCCGAUCACAUUUUUCAGGUUCGUAGUAUAGGAGUUUUGUACCUGUAUCACAAUCGUCCUGCUUGGUAUCAAUUUUUUACAGCAACAUUUUGUCACGCUAAUUGGAACCAUCUCUCUAGCAAUCUUUUUUUCUUGUAUAUAUUUGGGAAACUUCUUGAGGAAGAGGAAGGAAACUUUGCUUUGUGGCUUUCCUAUAUUCUUACUGGUGUAGGUGCAAACAUUGUUUCAUGGCUAAUUUUACCAAGAAAUGCUGUUUCAGUUGGAGCUUCUGGUGCUGUUUUCGGAUUGUUUACCAUAAGUGUUCUUGUAAAGAUGUCUUGGGAUUGGAGGAAGAUACUUGAAGUCCUUAUUCUAGGUCAAUUCGUUAUAGAGAAGGUCAUGGAAGCAGCUCAAGCGUCAACUGCAUUGUCGGGAAGCUUCCGUGGAGGACAUUCGUUGCAGAAUGUGAACCACGUUGCACAUCUCUCCGGGGCGCUGGUUGGCGUCCUUCUCGUAUGGCUUCUCAGUAGAAUUCCUUCUCCAUCUCAUGAUCAAGAUGCAUCAACUUUGCACACGAAAGGAUGAUGAUUCUAGUAGGCAAUUUCACUUUGAAAUUGAACUGUAUUUCAGUUGUAUAAUAUAUGUUCUUGUUUGUAUCUUGUCCUAACUAUUUCGGCUAGGGUUUUGAUUAUAGGCCUGCUAACAGUAAUGUUAGAUAUGAAUCAUUACAAUUUAUCCAGAAGUACGAAAAAUACCUAUGAUUUUUCUUAGUCA